AUGGCGCUUACUCGGUCACGAGCGUCAACCGCAACCGUGUCAGCAAUGACGCCUUCUUCUCCUCAUACAAGCUCUGUAUCCAUCCCUAUACGCUUUCAAUGUCCUCUAUGUCUGGACGUCCUACGACGCCCCAUUCAGUUACCGUGUUGCCAGCGUUACCUCUGUAUGGAAUGUUUUGAACGUGGUUUGGAACUUACAAGUGUCAACUGUGGGUUCUGUCGACGACGUGUCGUGGGUUUUGCACGUACAAAACAAUACAAAGUGGACGAAGUGAUGUGGCAAGCUAUUCAGCUCACGUGUCCAUUUCUAGGGGAUAUCGAAGAUGACAGGGAACGCCUUGUCGAGUUUUUUGAUGAGGACGCACCACCAUUACACAAUUGUCAAGAGGACAACCAGGUGGCUACAUCUGGAGAUCUUAAAGCUUUCUAUAACGAUCAAUUACAAAAACAUCACGCACAAGUACAGGAAGCAGAACAACGGGCAUUACAGCAAACAAUUGACUUUUUACAGAACGAUCCAAAAUUUACAGCUUCGUUCGCUGCUUCUUCAUCAUCUCCAGCGUCGUCGACUUUAUCCUUAAUAUCAUCCGAAACAAAUGAGGGAGCUAAGAAAAAGAGGAAAAUCUCGUUGACUCAUCGACCGAUAACGCGAUCGUUGAAUGCUGGUGAUGCAAACCAGCAAAAAUUGGACGAGUUUUUCGAAUCAUCCCGUGGAAUUGCAAGUCAGUCAGGAACCUCAGAAGAGAAUUUGCGUCGCACUUUUUCGACCAGUGUCGAGUUCUCGUCGCCUCGUGCUCGUACACAUUUAAAGAUGAAUGAGCUGAAGAAAAAGUAUUUCCUCCGGAGUACGUCACACAGCCCGACUUUGACUAAAGAACGACGAAGACAUUCGAUUAAAGGAUGUAAACCACUUCGUCAGCUUACGCUGAACACGACGAUAUCUCCAAUCGCAUUGCAUACUCGCAGCCGAGAGCUGAAACGUGCUAACUCCAUUGACUCGGGAUCAGAUUCUUCCAAGAUGUUGACACGUCAGCAAAGGCGGCAAAUCUCCUGGAAGUGUGCGCAAUGUACCUACAGAAAUACAUGCUUCGAUAAUCGAUGCAGCAUGUGCCGUAGUCUAUCUCCCCCUGAGGCCGAUACUUCCCUCAGAUCGCAGUAA